AUGCCCGGAUGCUUCUGCAAGAACAACACACCACACACACCCAGACGCAAGACAUCAGUGAGUUUCAAUGAGACCGUAGAGAUCUUUGUUGUCAUGUCUCGAAGUGAAUAUACAAUACGAGAGAGAAAGAACUGCUACUUCUCGGCUGAAUACCAUCAGAAUAUGAGCCUGUGGCUUGGAGCUGUCACAGAAGGAAUGAGUGUCAGCGAGACCCGAGGCAUUGAGGCAUUUCUUCCUAGUUCAGGGGAUGAACAAGGUGCUUUGAGGGAUUUGCACAUUGAUUCUGUGAUGGAUGAACAAGAGAGACAGUUUGAAGAAGGAAUUGAAGAUGCUUGGGCAAUUGCAGAGACAUGCCGAAGAACAUCAGCAAAGGGUGCCAUCAUUGCAUACAUUACAGCCAAGAAAGAUGAGCGAGCAGCAUUCGGUGCAUACAUGAAGAUGGACUCUGACUAUAACUUGUUGUGUGUUCCUCCUUCACCUACAUCCAUGGAUAGGGCAACGGUCAAGAGUUACUUUGCUACUUCUGAUAUGGAAAAUCUGAGUACCCCCCUGCUGAUAACUCCAGCGGCCUAG